AUGGCUCCCAUCACAAGAUCCUCCGUCCAUGGGAGGCAUUCCCAAAUGGACGUGCACCAGACCUUGGAAGAGCCACAUGUAUCUGACGAAGACCAAGAGAUGGAUGACCAAGAUGAAGAAGUGUCGGUCCACGAAGGUGCGACGAACCAAAACAAAUUCCUUUCGACUCCACCAAACAUUAUGAACUCCCCUACUGUCGAAACGCAGUCGGAAGCCAACAUGCUGAUCGACACUUUAGAUGGCCCGUCGCCCUUCAGAUCUUCUGCACAGGAGAUGCUCCGUCCCCUUCAAGAUACCGCCGACCGUGUGAGUAGGCAGGUCGAGGAGUUUGCAAAAGCUCUAGACCGAUUUGUAUCUAAUCGAGAGCCCGCCGACAACUCUCUAUGGGAGGAUGCCUUGGUCCUGUUGGAGCGCUACAGCAAGAUUGCGGACAUUCGAAAAUCAAAGACGCCUGCGCAGGAGUCGGUCGGAGAACUGGAAAAGAUACAGCUCGAAUCAGAUUUGUGGAUCUUGGUUAGGAACCUUCUCUACUGCAACUCUCCCACCUCCCUCAACGACGCACAAAUUGCCCAGGAAUCGAGGCUGGGUGGUCUACAUCGCUAUUCCAGCAACGUCGAACUCUGGACUGCAUUCCUUGACUCCGAUGCUGCUGCACAGGAGUACGAAAGCAUCCUGGCGUGGUUACAAGAAAGAGCUGCUCAGACGUCACCUCCCAUUGAAGAAUGCACACGCAGUCUCUCUGAGAAAUCGGAACGUGGAGAUGGUAUUUGGAGCGCUGGACCCAUCUUCACACAAACUGCCAUCAAGCAGCAGAAACGAACCCGAGUAUGGUCAUUACCACUGGAACCGUCAAAUCCUGGGUUGGAUCGAACCCACGUUCGCAAAGUCGACCAGAGGCCACUCGUUGCCCAGCUGGACCCUGACGCUCCAACCAGAGAGUCGGCUGUGCUUCAAGAACAGGAUGAAUAUCAUGACCAGGCAACCUGGCAAACGUACUGGGAAAUGCUGCGAAGGGGAUACACCAACAAUCAGAUUCAAUCAUGGUUCGCGGAACGGAAAGAAGUCUGGAGAUAUACAACACUUUGUGGAUGUGGUGCGCGUGCUGAACAAAUGGCCGACUCCCCUUGGCUGCGUAUUCUGAAUUUUGCCUCAAAUUCUGAAUGGUUAGAGCGCUGCGAGGCCCUGGCUCAAAAUCCAAUCAUCAAAGAUCAAUUCCAGAAGGCUACUUACGGUAUCCUCUGCGGUGAUGUUGCGGCCUCGAGAUCUGCAAGCAGGUCAAUUGACGACAACUUGUUCUCCAUUUUUAACUCUCUUCUUAUCCGGAGAUAUCGAAACUAUCUUCAGGCCUACAGAAAGAAAUUGGCGGAUACAGCGGCCAUAGAGUAUGGACCUCCGCCACCAUCGACCGCCGAGAUCCAGCAAUAUGUCACUCUUGCUCAGUCAAGCCCAGCUACCAGACACGAAGCUCACCAACCGCAUAAGCUCAUGGAACUGACCGUGGUGUCAAAAGAAUUCGACAACUUCUUUGUGAACGUCGGCAGAGCUGCUGCUAGUGUGGCACAUACAACAGGUCAAGGAUCGCAUCUUAUGACCAGGAGCCAGGACGAGGGAACUGAAGUUGCCAUGUUGAAUGCUCAGGACCAAGACAGUGUCCGCAUGAUUGCGCAUCUUCAGUUGUUGUUACGGUCUCUAGGCUUCUUGGAGUCUUCGUACGUCGAACACGAAUACGAACUUGAAAACAAUAUCGCAGCCUAUAUCGGAUUGUUAGAGCUUUGGGGCAAGUGGCUCCUGAUUCCUCUUUACGCGUCCAAGCUGUCCAAACAGAGAAGUCAUCACGUUAUGGGGGCCAUCUUGAUCAACGUCACAGAUCGCCGCGAGAGAGAUCUCCAAGUAAAGCUGAUGAAACAGUACAACAUCAAUGUCUCAGAAGUCACCUACGGGAUUUUUUCUCUCGCCAACUACUCAGAUCUUCAGAAGCUUCGGAGGUAUAAACAUGGCCCGAUAUCUGCCAGACUCACAAUCUUGGGUGGUUCAGGCAAAUUAGCACAGUACAAGGUCCGGCCUAGCUUGAUGACAGGCGAAGUCACUGAGGCUGACGAGAAGGCUGUCAGGAGUGUGGAGUGGAUCCGGUACGUUGAUGCUGAAAACUGGGGCGCCGCUGCCUGGUCUGUUGCAGUACUCUACAAAGUGUUCUUGGUCGAAGGAAGAUUCGUCGCCAUGCGUCAGCUGCUUGACCGUGUUCGUCUCUCGGACAUGUCCCUAGCAGCCUUGGGGAUGAACCUUCAGUUCGCGGAUGCAGAUCCACCAACAGGCAAUGUUGAGAGUGAAGCAGAGGAGCUGGAUGAAGAUCGGGUUACUCCCAUGAGCAGUCCGACGAGGAAGAGAAAAGGAGCACACUCCGACCAUCCUUUGACGAGAGCCGGAACCGAUCGACAGACGUUGGCGCUGAAAUCACUGAUCUGGAAACACCUGGAACAACUUGUGGCUGCUAUUGAUGCUUUGGACGCCUUUCAGGAAGUGGCAGAUGCUCUCGAGCAGCACCGAACGAACCCCUCAGUUGCGCGAAACUAUAAGCGCGAGCUGAAACGCGCUCUCGAGGAAGUCCGACAGGCGAUGCUUCCACUUUUCGACAAUGAGUUUCUGUGCCAGCCUCAAGAUGAAAUGGAGGCAGUGGUGCUGAACGAUAUACGCAACCACUACAUCCCCGAGUGUGUUCUCGCCUACAACAGCGCGUUGUGGUUUGCAGGGCAUUUCUCUUCUCGUGCAUGGCUUGUUGAAUGCAUGACCCUGGCCCAGGUGGUUGCGGAGACUCCCAUGCUAACCAAUGCCUUUGUGGAGAGCGGAAGAAUGAAGGAACUGGUUCGUGCGUUUGCGGUUGACAGCCAGGCCCUCCUUCAGGCAACAGAACAAGGGUCUGCUGGCGGUGGUGGGGGAAGUGCCAACCGAACAAAGAAGAUCAAGACGGACAAAGGAAACGCGGAUAUCUGGAAGGUGUCAUGGAAGGAACAGACUGGCCAAUUGGAUUUGGAGGCAAUGGACUGA